GCAACAAAAUUGUAUUGAGUAAAUUUAUACACACAUACAUGAAAAUGAGGGUUCAAAGUGUAAAAGAAGCAUCCUUGUUCGGAAAUUUGGAGCCAGCCUCAAAUGUUGUCCACUUGCUCCUUCCCCAAAGAAUUAUCGCAACUGCUAACCCUAACCCAAUUCUAUGAUUCCCUUCAUUUAAAGGAGACGAGUUUGAAUAUAGUACAAAUUGUACAUGCAAGAAAAUGUAGCGUCAUUGAUUAAUGGUCAGUUCAAGCUACUAUUGCUUUAUUGAUUCUAUCAAGUUUCUCGAUACCCAUUUGUAUUUGAAUCUGUUUUUAUUAGCAUACUACUCCUUCUGUUCAAUUUUUUUUUUCUUACUCUCUCUUUUAAUCCGUUCAAAAAGAAUCUCUUGUUCCUUUUUUGGCGACUCUCUUUCCACGCGGCAUGUUUAAGACCAUAAGAUUAAAGGACAUUUUAGUACAUUCUACAUAUCUUUAGCUCAAGACCAUAAGAUUCAAAAGUCUUUUAUAUUUCUUAAACUCCAUGCUGAGUCAAAACCAGAUAAAACAAAUUAUAAAGGAGGGAGUAGCAUAUUAUUAAAUAGUUGUUGGAAAUGGAGUUUGAACCCUUGGGAAUUGGGAAUGAUGUGAGAGAAUUCGAUAUGAUAGGUUUAGGAGUAGGAGAUGACACAAUUGACAUGGAACACCCUGUUGAAGAAGGGGAAGAUAAACAAUUACUAAUUGACCCUUUUGAUGGUUUUGUUAGUAAUGGUAGAAUUUCUGAUGGGGAUAUUAUGAAUCUUGAACCUUAUGAAGGAAUGGAGUUUGAGUCGGAGGAAUCUGCGAAAGCCUUCUAUAAUUCAUACUCACGUAGAAUAGGGUUUAGUACGCGUGUUAGUAUGUCUAGGAGAUCUAGGCGAGAUGGGGCUAUUAUUCAGAGAUCAUUCGUUUGUGCAAAAGAGGGGUUUCGUGUUGAGAAGGAGAGGGCAGUUGGGCGUGAUGGCAGUGGUGGUGCUAGGGUUAAGAGACCCCGAGCUGAGACUAGGGUCGGGUGUAAAGCGAUGUUAGUGGUUAAGAUUCAAGAUUCGGGGAGAUGGGUUGUAUCGGGAUUUGUCAAAGAACAUAACCAUGAGCUUGUUGAACCUGAUAAGGUGCAUUGUUUGCGUUCGCACAGACAUGUAUCUGGACCAGCUAAGUCGUUGAUUGAUACAUUACAAGGAGCUGGAAUUGGUCCGAGUAGGAUAAUGUCUGCCUUGAUUAAGGAGUAUGGCGGAAUUAGUAAUGUUGGGUUUACGGAGCGUGAUUAUAGGAAUUACAUGAGGAGUAGUAAACAGAGAACACUUGGGGGUGAUCCGCAGACUCUUCUUGAUUAUUUGAAACAAAAGCAUUUGGAAAAUCCGUCGUUUUUCUAUGCUGUGCAAGGAGAUGAAGAUCAUUGUAUGAGUAAUAUAUUUUGGGCUGAUCCUAAGGGUCGGAGUAAUUUUGCUUAUUUCGGUGAUACUGUCACUUUUGACACCACUUACAGAUCAAACAGGUAUAGGUUACCGUUUGCCCCAUUCACAGGGAUAAAUCAUCAUGGACAACCAGUGUUAUUUGGUUGUGCUCUUUUAAUAAAUGAAUCUGAAGCGUCUUUUAGUUGGCUAUUUAGAGCUUGGCUGACGGCAAUGUGUGGAAAGCCGCCAGUCUCAAUCACGACUGACCAUGAUCGGGUGAUUCGGUUGGCUGUUAGUCAGGUUUUCCCCGAAACACAUCACAGGUUUUGCAAAUCGCAUAUUUUCAAGGAAUGCCAAGAGAAGUUGUCCCAUGUGCUCUCUGAGCAUAUUAAUUUCGAAGCAGAGUUUCAUAAAUGCGUAAGCUUGAUGGAGUCCAUUGAAGAGUUUGAAGCUUGUUGGUUUACUCUGAUUGAUAAAUAUGAUCUUGGGGAAAAUGAGUGGCUUCAAGCUAUUUAUGCAGAUCGCAAGCAAUGGGUUCCCGUCUAUUUGAGGGAUACAUUCUUUGCAGAACUGUGUAUAACACAGAGUAGUGAUAGUAUGAAUUCAUAUUUUGAUGGGUAUGUGAAUGCAUCAACUACUCUUCAACAAUUCAUUAAGUUGUAUGAAAAGGCUGUAGAGAGUCACUACGAGAAAGAAGUUAAAGCAGAUUAUGACACCAUCCAUAUUGCCCCCGUUCUAAAGACCCCAUCACCCAUGGAGAAGCAAGCUGCCGAGAUAUAUACAAGGAAACUGUUCAUGAAGUUUCAAACGGAGCUUGUUGAAACACUCACAUUCUUGGCAACUACAGGUGAUGAUGAUAAGGAGUCAACAACUGUAUUUCGAGUGGCUAAAUUUGGGGAGAGUCAUAAGUCUUACUUAGUUCACUACAAUGUCAGAGAGAUUAAAGCAUCAUGUAGCUGCCAGAUGUUUGAGUUCUCUGGUCUCAUUUGUCGGCAUAUACUAACAGUCUUUAGAGUCACCAAUAUUCUCACUCUUCCUCCAUGCUAUGUUUUAAAGCGUUGGACUAGGAAUGCUAAAAGUGGUGUCAUGUUGGAAGAACAGACCUGUAAUUUAGUAUCAAAUAGUUGUCAAGAAUCUUUUACUGUCAGAUAUAACAAUCUUCAGCGAGAAGCCCUCAAAUAUGUAGAUGAAGGUGCGAAAGAUGAGGAACUUUACAAGGUGGCUAUCGAUGCCUUGCGAGGAGCUGCAAAUAAAGUUGCUAAUGCUAAGAAAACUGAUGUGGGAGUUUCUAGUUUUAGUGGACCUUGUAGAGGAGAGAGUCUGCCACUCAGGAAAGGCAUCUCUUUUCUUGACGAUUGCUUUGGUUUACUUCUGUUGGACGCCUUCCAUCUUACAAUGAUUGCUCAGAUCAGUUCUCAAGAUGAAAAGGACAAAAUGAUACAGAAACUUACAAGUAAGCUGGAACGUGCAAGGCAAAAAUGUGAAUUAUACCGGGCUAACUUAUUGACAAUCUUGGAAGAUAUUGAGCAGCAGAAGCUUCAGCUGACCGUUAAGGUUCAGAGUAUUAAGUUAGGCAUGAAAGAUUAAGCUUGGAAGAGAUAACUGCAAACCUCCACUCUCUUGUCUGUAGCACGCAUUUCGCAUUUGAAUGGGUUGGGGCGCUGAGGUGGCAUGCCACUCCAAGAAAAUGUCUGUGCCACAUGGGAUUGGAUGUCCACCUUUGACAGUCUAAAUGGAGGAGGCGAUAUUUGAGCCAUUUAGGUAACAGUGGGGGUAGUUUUGUACAGAGAGUAUAGCGGAGGGUAAAACCUAACCUUUUCGCAGAGUAAAGGGUAAAUUUAACCCUUUUCCCUACAAUAUAAAGCACUUUAACUUUUUCACUUCAUAGUAUUGUCGAGGAUCGUAUGGAUAACAGUUUAGAAGUGUAGCUCAAGCUAGAACCCUCAGGUUAGGUUGGAGAAUUAGGCAUCCGAGAUAACAAACACCAGCAAAUAUAGUGGGAACUGCAUUUUGAUCUUCCAGAUGAAUGGAGAACAACUUGUGUACAUAUUGUUACUCACUAUUUGCUCCUUUAUUGCAACAGAUGUACAUACCUUUCUUAAAA